UGAGUAGGUUGUUUGAUCAGUGUAGAUUGUCCAUCCACAUUUGGGCCCUAUCAACAAAUUUUUGGACAUAUUUUUUUCCAAAUUAUGAACAAUCCAACGAAUUUGCCUGGGUCCAACCCCUCGGCCUUCUACGUGCACUUCGAGGACGCUUUACGGGCUGAUCCGCCCAGCAGUCUGCAACGCAAAUAUCCACUGCCACGCCCCCAGCAGCAACGGAUGGAGGCGGCAGAGGAGCGUCGCAGUUGGCUGGGUGAGCAAAAGGUGGAGCAGCUGUCCGUUCGUUUGGCGCGAGUGGCGCUGAUCACGGAUCGCCACCACCGGCAAGCCACGCAAAGUUGGCAGGAUGCCCGGAAUCGUAUUACUCGCGAUAUGGACGAGCAUGUGCGGAAGAGGACGGCCCUGAUCUCGAAACGUCUGAGGAACCUCAGGAAUCACAACCUAGAGGUUCGGGUGCGCAAGGAUGAGGCCAAGCAGGAGAAGCUAUUCAGAAAGCUGACUCAUCUCUACGAGGCCAAAAAUGCGAGCACCAUUUCACAAUUUUGGGGCAAACAAAAAUAAACUUACAAAUAAAAAAAAAAUAAAAAAAAAUG